GGGGAAACCCUGGUGACGCUCGGCCUCGCUGAGCCUCCCAGCCUUUGGAUCGAGGCCUUUUCUCCCAGGUGCAUCCCGUGCAGGUGAUUGCCAGGUGCCGGCCAGGAAGGCAGAACUCCCAGAAGGGAGCACCGAGGCUUUUGUAGCCCAGAAGAUCUGGAAACCCCACACCCAGCUUUCUGUCCUCUUGUCUCUGGGCACGGGCACCAGCUGCUCAUCGGAGGGAUGCUUCCAGGCAGACUCUGGAUGAUGCUGGUGGCCACAGUGUUCCUGGGUUUCAGAGGAUAACUGUGGAAGCCGCCUGGAUCGGGCCCUCCCGACAUGCUGGGCUAGCCCUCCCCUCUCAGAGUCUGUUGCCACUGACUUCCGGCUCUCCCAUCUUAGAGGGCUUCAGUCCCGCUUCGGAUAGAGCAUAGUUCUCCAUUGGAAGAGUUGGACCAAGGAAGCUUUCCUUGGGAAGAGGGCCUCUCUUUGGAGGAUGAUGGAAAGACCCCGGUUGACCUGCUUCCAACUAUUUUUCUGCGCAAGUCAAUUCCACCUCCUUGAGCUCCCCCACAAGCCGGGGCCCUAUGAACGCCCCUCCCCUCCACCCGCCGAUGGGCCACGGGGGCCUCGGGGGCUCCAUGGGCUCCCCCGGCCAGCUCCACUCGCCCAUCAGCACCCUCAGCUCGCCAAUCAACGGGAUGGGCCCCCCUUUCUCCGUGAUCAGCUCCCCGAUGGGGACCCACCCCAUGUCCGGCCCCUCCGCGCCGGGCCUCGGGUUCGGAGCCGGCAGCCCGCAGCUGAAUUCUCCCAUGAAUCCCGUCAGCAGCACCGAAGAUAUUAAGCCUCCCUUGGGGAUCAACGGUGUCCUGAAAGUGCCGGUGCACCCGUCCUCGGCCAUGGCCUCCUUCACCAAGCACAUCUGUGCCAUCUGCGGGGAUCGGUCCUCAGGUAAACACUAUGGGGUCUACAGCUGCGAGGGCUGCAAGGGCUUCUUCAAGCGGACGGUGCGGAAAGACCUCACCUACACCUGCCGCGACAACAAGGACUGCUUAAUCGACAAGCGCCAGAGGAACCGAUGCCAGUAUUGCCGCUACCAGAAGUGUCUCGCGAUGGGCAUGAAGCGGGAAGGGAUGGAGCACCAUCCCUCCCGGCCCACCAGACUUCCUGGAAGGCAGGAGGAACCAGCUGUGCAGGAGGAACGGCAGCGAGGGAAGGAUCGCAACGAGAACGAGGUCGAGUCCACCAGCAACGCGAACGAGGACAUGCCGGUCGAGAAGAUCCUAGAAGCUGAACUGGCCGUGGAGCCAAAGACGGAGACGUACAUCGAAGCGAACAUGGGCCUCGCCCCGAACUCGCCCAACGACCCCGUCACCAACAUCUGCCAGGCGGCCGACAAGCAGCUCUUCACGUUGGUGGAGUGGGCCAAGAGGGUCCCCCACUUCUCCGAACUGCCCCUGGACGACCAGGUCAUCUUGCUCCGGGCCGGCUGGAACGAAUUGCUAAUUGCAUCCUUCUCCCACCGGUCGAUAGCUGUGAAAGACGGGAUCCUGCUCGCCACGGGGCUCCACGUCCAUCGGAACAGCGCCCACAGUGCGGGGGUCGGCGCCAUCUUUGACAGAGUAUUGACGGAGCUCGUGUCGAAAAUGAGGGACAUGCAGAUGGACAAGACGGAGCUCGGCUGCCUACGAGCCAUCGUCCUCUUCAACCCCGACUCGAAGGGGCUUUCCAAUCCGGCCGAGGUGGAGGCCCUGCGCGAGAAGGUCUACGCGUCGCUCGAGGCCUACUGCAAACACAAAUACCCCGACCAGCCGGGCAGGUUCGCGAAGCUCCUGCUCCGCCUGCCGGCCCUCCGAUCCAUCGGCCUGAAAUGCCUGGAGCACCUCUUCUUUUUCAAGCUCAUCGGGGACACGCCGAUCGACACGUUCUUGAUGGAGAUGCUGGAAGCGCCUCACCAAAUGACUUAAAAGGCAAGGAUCCGCCCCUUUUCUUCUUCUGUCCAAGCAGGCCGCCGCCGCCGCCUCCACCGUGACACCUCGGUCCCUCCGCUGCCACCACCACCGCCUUCCUCUUCCUCCUCAUCCAGGGCGCAAGAGACGCUGCCUGCUGCUCUCUCUGUGAUGCUGUCGGGUGAUGCUGUUGACUUGGCCGGUUUGCCGCUUUCGCCACCUCUGCGCAUUCGAGGAUAGGAUGAUUGACUUUUGCUCUCCCUUUCACGGACGGAGAGACAAUGUGGCUUUUCAGUGUGCAAAGGGCGCCUUCCUUCCCUGGCGCUCCAACUGCCCCCCCACCCCCAAAUCCUGGGCAGAAGUGGGUUUCUAAACAGCCUGCAGGGCGGGUCCUGCUCAUCUCCUGUAUGUUUGUGGCUUCGGUUGUUCCCCUGCUCCAACACACACACAUACACGCAGGCACGCACACACAACCACCCCCACGCUCUCUCACACAC